UUGUCUAUAUGUGAGACCGUUGAGCUCUGAAAAUUUUAUGGGAAAACCAACUUAAAAUGUGAAAAAAAAUGUUUAGACAGACACAUCCUGACAAUUCAAUCUUGGGAUAUAUUUAGUUUUGUUUUCUCAAUUUCUCAUACGUGAACCAAGCUAAGAAAAUCCUUCGAAUCAAUUUUCUUUUAUGGAAGAUGAACUUUUUUACAAAUAUUGUUAAAAAAUAUAUAAACAAGAGCGAUAUGAAUUCUACAAUUAUGUCAAAUGAUGCAGCUAAUAAGAACGAAACUGAUUUCAAAACUAAAGUCGAGUAUCAGAAUAUUCCUUCACAUGAAUCAUCAGAAAAAAUAAUCUAUAAUUCAGGAGAAAUCAGUGAUAUCAAUAGUUAUUUAUCAUCUGACUUAAUAUGCUUGGACCAAUCAGUUAGGCAAAGCCUUGGACACAACGUAAAUCGCGAAUCUAUUUCAAGUAUCUGUGACUUUAACAACACAUUCAAUUUCAAUUCUGUUCAAACAUCAACAAUACCUUCCAACACGAAAGUUGAUACAGCAGAUCUGUUGUCAAUUACUGGAAUUGGUUCAAGAUUGUCUUUGCCAAAUAAUCCUGAUUCUAUAGAAAACUCUAUCAAUGGUUCAACUGAUCCAGAAUUUUAUUUGGCCGAAGAAAAUAACACUUUUGAAUAUAGAGGAAAAGAAAAUGGAAUAAACGAAACGUUCGGGGAAAGUGAAUAUUCUUCUGAUAUAACUAAAGAAAACAUUACUUUCGAUAAAACCUUAGAUUCUUCAACAGAGUAUGAUUCUGUAGUGGAGCCUACGUCAGAAAAUUCUCCAAGAGAUCCCACAGCAAUAUCUCCAGAAAAUACAACAAUUAUUAAAGAUUGCUCUUUGGAUUUAUCAGAUGAGAAGAGAAAAUAUCAUUCAAUUACAGAAUCUGUUGAUACGCCUUUAAAAGUACAAGGCCAAAACGAAAUUAUCGAACAGCCUUUAAUAAAAAAAUCUCCUGAAUCUCCUUUAAGAGAAAUAAAGAGUGAAGAAACAAGGCCAUCACCUGUCUUAGAAAACAACAGCAAAGAACCGAGCGCAGAACCUGCUGCAGAAGUAAAUUUAGUAUCUAGUAGUUCACCUGCUCCAGAAAUAAAGUGUAACGAACCAAGUGCAUCGCCUGUCUCACAACUAGAGAUUAAAGAGCGUAGUGAAUCGCCUGUCUUGGAAAUAAAUACCAAAGAGUCAAAUCCAGAAGAAAAGGAAGCUGAGCAAAAAUCAUUCACUGUAGAAUUUGAUUCAACUCAAGAUGAAGUCAAUGUGUCACCAUCGGAUGCAACUUUCGUAGAGGAAAACAAAGAAAUUCCAGGAGACAAUAUUGCGGCUAAUAAAACUAUAGAUAUUGACCAACCAGAUAUUGCGCCAAACAGUGACCUAGAAGCGCCAGAAGAAUUAUCAAAUAAUAUUAAGAUGACUGAUUCACUGGAGAGAUUAAAUCAACAGCAACAUGAAAUAGCUGAUUUGAAGCUGAAGCUGAACCAAGCUCAGCAACAUAACGCAUCUUUACAGCUGCAAAUUCGACAAAACGAAGAAAUUAUCAUAAAAACACAAGCGGAAGCGCUAAAGACCGAACAAAAUUAUCAACAAGAAGUUAAGCAACUUAAAGAAAAGUUAAACGAAAAUUCGAAAUUAAUAGAAAAAGACAGGAUUCACGAAUUGGAAGAGCAACUGAAGGAAUACAAAGCUAAGGAAAUGAAACUUUUGUCAGAGAUAUCACAAAAAACUAAGGAUGAUGUAAAUUAUCAAAAAAUUACCGAGCAGUAUGAAAAGAAUAUAAAUGAUAGAAUUGAUGAGAACAAAAAAUUACAAGAAGAAUGCGAUACCACUAAGACCCAUUUGGCCAAUUUGGAACUCGCUUUUUCUGAUGUUCAUUCGAAAUACGAGAAAACUAAAGCUACUUUGCAAGCUACCAAGGCCAAUGAAGAAGCACUUCAAGCAAAUUUGGAAGAUGCACAAACAACUAAUAUCCAACAUGAAGAAAGAUAUGAAUCCCUGAAGGCCCAUGCUAGAAGUCAAAUAGAAAAGUCAAAUAAAGAGAUUCAUAGUCUAAAAGAGCACCAUGAAAUUGAAGUUAAUAAGUUAAAAGCAUUUAUCCGAAGAUUGGAAAUAAAAUUAAGUUCUUUAGAACUCUCCCUUCAACAGAAAACGGAGGAGUGCGAGCAACUUUCGGCUCUUUGUGAUGAAGUGACUGGCAAAAAUGUGUCAUCAUAAACUUUGUACAAUUGCGACAUUUUAUUAUUGAUGAUAUUGGAUCAACAUAUUCAGUAUAUUUAUUACAUUAACGAAAUUGUAUACAGUAGACCUUCUAAUUGCGAUCGCUUCAAUCCUAAUAGAAAAUCUAUCGAUAACUUCCAUGUACAUGAAAAUGAUCAUUAGACAUUCAAAUAAUUAGAAUAAAAAAAAGCUUGAAUUAUUCUAAAUGUAUCUAAUCUGAUUUUUAGUAAACAAAAUUUUACCACUUUCAAACUAUAUAUUUCUUAAGAAGUUAUGUGUGAUACAAGAAAAAAUCUGUCCUUUAAUGUAUUUUUGAUAAUGAACAGUCGGCACAGUAUGUGAUAUGUGUUCUUUAAAAGAUUGAAACACUGGGUUUGAUAAGAUCACUAACUUAGUAGAUAAUUUGAGAUUCGUUUACAUUAAAAAAUUUAUAACGAAAGGCUAGACUCCUUGACAUACGUUUAUUUAUUUAGUGAACCUAAUACCAACUUACCUAUUUGUUUUAUUUGGUUUGUUUUGAAUUAUACAAAAAAUGUAAGCACUCUGGAAGUGCAUUUAAUUUUUCAAUGUGUAUUAUAAAAUGCUGUUUAACAAUAAACUAGUUGAAUUGUGGUACAGCUUUGUUGUCUAAUGUAAAAAAAUGUUACUUACUAGUUCACAUACGCAUUUUUUAUUUUUUUACUAUUUUAAAUGCUCAUUUACUUGAGUUUAUUUAUUUAUAUUUUUUGUACGAAUUGUUAAGUGACUUGAACUAAUUCUCUCUUAGUAACAUUAA